AUGGCCAUUAAACUUGAUAUGAACAAAGCCUAUGACCGCAUGGAGUGGGAUUUCUUAGAAGCCUGCCUAGAGGCUUAUGGGUUCAAUGGGAAAUGGAUCCACAGAAUUAUGAAGUGCGUGAAGGGGGCGUCAUAUAGAUUCAAGAUCAAUGGGGAGAUGAGCACCAAGAUUUUCGUGGAGACGCCCCGGCAUUUUGAGGAUGAGCAUUUGGGACUCUCCCCUGAAACUAUAACUCAUGCCAUUUUCCAUUGCCCCUGGACUAGGCCCGUUUGGUUCGCGUCCCAACUACAAAUUAACCAUGAUUCAAAUAACUUCCAGUGUUUUGGAGACUGGAUAUUACUGAUGGAAGAUUCUCUGAAAAACCAGGCUGAUUUCCAUGCUAUGGGGCUUAGGAUCAUAGCUCUUACCACUUGGGCAAUUUGGAAGGAAAGAAGUGAAUGCAUUUUCCAAGGGAGGCCUCCAAAUCCCUGUGCUACAGUAGCCAAGUUGAGCAGUUCAAUUCUGGAAGAUUAUGAGGGAAGCAUUCAAGUCCAGGAUCAGGCUUCUAAUGCAAUUAGGGGGCAACAAUCUAACAGAAGGUCUCACUGGAUUGCACCUCCGCAAGGAAGAGUGAAGAUUAAUGUGGAUGCGGCUUUUAAUAAGACUACUUGCAGAGGAGCGGUAGCAGCAAUAUGCAGAGACGAGACUGGAGCCCAAUUGAUGAGCCAUUCCCGGGGCAUUCAUGCCCCUUCCCCUUUAGUGGCGGAGGCGAUAGCAAUUAGAGAGGCCCUCACCCUCAUCCUCAACCUGGGAUUAGACCAUGCACAAGUGGAAUCUGACAACAAAGAAAUUAUUUCCCUCAUCAAGAAUGGAAAAUCGAGGUGGGAGAUUUCCCUGAUUCUGCAGGAUAUCCACUCUCUUCGCUCAGGAGCCGGUGGUGUCAACUUCAUUUGGACUCCGCGGGAAGGCAAUAGCCAUGCGCAUGAUCUUGCUCAAAGCAAAGCGCGUAGCCUUAUUUUCGUCAAUUAG